AUAUCAUCAUCGCUGCCUCCAAAGUCUUUCUCCAUUUCUCUAGCUCCCUCCCACUUCCUCUCUAUUUAUCUCGUCUCCUGGCCUCAAGGAACUACUCAACCGCGUUCCGAAAGAGAGUCCACCAGUCAUUCUUCGGCCUUCUCCCGUUGUGCUUUCCAUGGAGCCAAGUGACACCACCACCACCUUCCUCCACCACCACUUCUCUUCCUCUCCUUCAUCUUCUCCAACCUCCUCUCCUCCCUCCUUCCCUCCAACUUCUCCUCCUGUGGUGCUCAGCCCCUGCGCCGCCUGCAAGAUCCUCCGCCGGAGGUGCGUCGACAAAUGCGUGCUCGCCCCCUAUUUUCCUCCGACCGAGCCGCUCAAGUUCACCACGGCGCAUCGCGUGUUCGGCGCUAGCAACAUCAUCAAGUUCUUGCAGGAGCUGCCGGAGAGCCAGAGGGCCGACGCAGUGAGCAGCAUGGUGUACGAGGCCAACGCGAGGAUCCGAGACCCGGUGUAUGGUUGUGCGGGGGCCAUCUGCCAGCUCCAGAAGCAAGUGAGCGAGCUCCAGGCUCAGCUGGCCCGAGCGCAAGCCGACCUCGUCACCAUGCAAGCCCAGCACGCACACCUGAUCGCCCUUGUCUGCAUGGAGAUGGCUCAAUCCCAGCAGCAAUGCAUCCCUUCGCAGCCCGUCGACGGCCUCGCCGCCGGCCCUGUCGUCGAUGCGUUCUACCUCGACGCAGACAGCAGCCACGGCUCGAUAUGGGAGGAACCCCUCUGGACAUGAGUUGAGCAGAUGGAUCCAAGAUCUCGAGUGCUGAUUAGAUCAGUGGGGAGAGAAGGGAUUUGAGAGAAAAAUGAACCGUGACGAGGAGAUAGCACUGAUUGGUUAUUGUAUGGUCAAAGUAGAACAAGAAUAACUAACAGUCUCUUAAUAUAAUUAACACUGUCGGCAAUUAGAUCGGCUUCUACCUUUACCAGUCCUCCCAAAUCGAAGGAGGGUAAGGGGUUGAGACUUGUUGGUGAGCAUGAUGUUGCGGUUGUAGUCCAAGUUCAUGAGUUCCUUGUCAAACAUACUAUUGACUUCCUAAUUGUAAACUUGUCCUCUAAGAAACUAGCUGGUGACUCAAUCA